AUGGCGGACAAAUUGCUGUUGGCGGAUGUCGGGUGGCGGUCAGCCAAGGGGAUGGUCGAUGGAAGAUUGGAAUCGGCGAUCGUCAAGCGAAUUGUGCACGGUGAAGCACCAAAAGAUUUCAAUCUUUGGCAAUGGUCGGAGGUCGGAGGUCGGUGUGCGGAUGGAUUGGUGAGCGGCAGCAUCGGGAAGCCGAUGGAGGGCGAUGGAGGAAGCCGAUGGAGGACUUGUCGCCGAAGAUGGACAAGAUGA